AAUAAAUGUAUGGAAAAAAUGAAAUACAUACAAUGGAUUCUUUUACGCCUCUGCCGUCUGCUGCCACACACUGACCGCCAUUGACAGCUUCGACAAAUUCACCGGCUCAGUGUCUCUGGUUUUGCUGAAAAGCGCCGCCCGACGACCACCUAUGUCUCCGCCGUCAACCGCCUCUGCGCCACCGCUCUCUUCACUCACCCCUACCCAUCAAAUUCGAUUCUUCCGCCAUCACCACUCACCUUCCCCCUUCUCGCACACUACCCCAUUCUUUCUAAACUCAAUUAAGAGUAACUUCAGCCAUGGCCUAGCUUCGAGGGUUUUGCUGAGGCCGGCUCUCGCUUCAAUUUCAAAAUACUCCUACGAUAGCAGUGGAAGCAAUGCGUAUGAUCCAGAGCUUCGAUCAGUGCUUCAAAUUGCCACUGAUUCUGAAUUAUAUGAACUUGAAAGCAUUUUAUUUGGCCCAAGUUACUUUAGUCCGUUGUUGAAAUCGAUUGCAAAAAGGGAGGAUGUUGAUUACAUUAUGAUCGGGGAAGACCCAGAUGAGAGAGAAGAUUUUAUUUCAAAUCUUGAAUCUCGAUUUUUCUUUCUAGCAGCUGAUGCACGGUCGACAUUGAGGGGUUGGAGACCAUCAUAUAGAAAUGUACUGCUUGGACUAAGGAAAAAAUUAAAAAUACCUUGUUCAUCGAAAUUGUCUGCUGAAGAACUAGAAGUUGAGAUUUUUGUUCACCUCCUGCAAGAAGCGUCAAGUGAAGAACUGAGAAGUUUUUCAAGCUCUAAGGAUAGCUCAAAGAACGCCGAUGGAUUUAAUAGCCUAGCACUUGGACUCAGCGAGUUGAAGUUGCAAAAACUUGCAGCUCUAGGGAUUGGAGCAACAGAGCUCCGCCCAAUGAUAUUAAAGGGUGGUGUGAUGCUUACAUUGGAGAAAUUGUUGGAACUGUUGGGAGGUCGAUUAUCUGGGAAGAUGUUAUCAGAAGCUGCCAAAUAUCAGAUGAAGAAAGAAAUUAUCAAAAAGGGUGGACAACUGGCAGCUAUCAACCUGGAAACUGGAGCUGCCUUGUUCGCCGCGAGACAGGGUUUAAAAGCUGCGGCCACUCGGUAUCUUGGGCUUAGGAGUGUGGCUCAAUUACUUGGCCCAGUGAUGUGGGGUACCUUGUUGGCAGAUGUUGUCAUUCAAAUGCUCGGAACAGAUUAUGCUAGGAUCUUGAGAGCCGUAUAUUUGUUUGCGCAGAUUCGAAUCUAUCGCCCGUAGAAAGCAGCAUCGGAUAUUAUACAAAAAGCCCAGUGUUCUGAAUUCUGAUCUUGUUAUAUUGGGAUGUGAGAUACACUAGCGUUAGAGAUAUUUCUUGUAAGAGUUUUUUUUUCUUUUUCUUUCUCGAGUCUUGAAAACUCAGUUUAUCACCAUAGAAGAUGACCUCUGAUUGUACAUAACUUUUUGUAAUGUGAUGAAAGUGUUUAAUGUAC